ACAUAGGCCAUGUCAGGGGAGGAACAACUGCCUGGAACUUUGAUCAGGGCUGAGAGUGGCUUCUGCUGACAACAGACCACACUGGAUGCCCCUCUGCUCUGAGAGGAACCAGGCCACUGUCCCGGCCAGCUCGGGCCCUCACGGACCCAGAUGACGCCCGCUGGAGCCUGGCUGUGCUGGGCCUCCCUCCUGCUCCUGUCCAGGCCGUCCCAGUCCUGCCCCUUAGGCUGCGACUGCUUUGUGCACGAGGUGUUCUGCUCCGAUGACAAGCUGGCUGUCAUUCCACCAGACAUCCCACCGGACACCACAGACCUCGUCUUUGUGGAGACUGCCUUCACCGAGGUGGCACCCUGGGCCUUUGGCGGCAGCCCCAACCUCACCAAGUUGGUUUUCCUCAACACUCAGCUCCGGAGUUUCAGACCUGAUGCCUUUGUGGGGCUGAGCCAACUGAGGGACCUGGAGGUCACUGGCAGCACCUUCAACCUCAGUGGCAACACCUUUGCCAACCUGACCUCGCUGGGCCAGCUCACCCUGAGCUUUGACAAGCUGUACUCCCUGCCCAAGGACCUGUUCCUCGGCUUGGACACCCUGGAGUCCCUCCAGCUACAGGGCAACCAGCUGCGGACCCUGCCCUGGGGAAUCUUCCGGUCCCUGCGGCGUCUGAAGUCCCUCAACCUGGGGCAGAACCACCUGGAGUGGCUCCCAGGCGGGCUACUGCACCCACUGUCUGGCCUGCGGUUCCUGAGGCUCAGUGACAACCAGCUGUCCCAGGGCCUUCCCCGGGGCAUCUUUGCCACCCUGCGCAGCCUGGAGGAGCUGUUCCUGGACAGCAGUGCCCUCCGCGAGCUGCCCCCAGAGCUGUUCUCCGGGCUCUUCCGCCUGGAGCGGCUGUGGUUGCAGCACAAUGCCAUCAGCCACCUGCCGCCCACUGUCUUCUCUGACCUGGGCAGCCUGACCUCCCUGAGCUUGCAGGGCAAUGCACUGCGGACACUGCCUGCCGACCUAUUUACCCACACACCGCACCUGCUCAGCCUGUCACUGUCCCACAACCAGCUGGUGACGAUUGCAGAGGGCGCCUUCACCAACCUGUCCAGCCUUGUGUCCCUCACGCUCUCGCACAACGCCAUUGUGCAGCUCCCCGCUGGGGUCUUCCGGGACCUGCAGGGGCUGGUCAAGCUGUACCUGGGCAGCAACAACCUGACGGCCUUGCCGCCUGGCCUCUUCCACAACCUGUCCAGCCUUGAGCUGCUCAACCUGUCCCAGAACCAGCUGAGCACGCUGCCGGAGGGCCUCUUCAGCACCAACCACAACCUCUUCAACCUCGCCCUGCACGGCAACCCCUGGCAGUGUGACUGCCACCUGGCCUGGCUCUCCAGCUGGCUGCACGUCUGGAGCGACCCGCUGCUCCACAUCAAUGCCUACUGCGCGGGGCCUGCCUACCUGCGAGGCCAGCUGAUGCCCUCCUUGAAGGAAGAGCAACUGGUGUGCCCUGCCUCCGGUCACCUGGGGCUGGACCACAGGGUGGUGGGGGGAGGCUGGGGCUCAGAGGCAGAGGACAAGGCCGCCUGGAGCAGAUGCACCUACAGCAAUGCCGAGGGCACCGUGGUGCUCUCCUGUGAUGAGGCCCAGUGUCGCUGGCUUAGUGUCCAGCUGUCUCCCCGGCAGGGCGAGGGCUUCCUGGACAUGAGGCCCAAUGCCACUCAGGGGUGGGACCUGAGGUCCAGCUGUGGCUCUGUGAGGGUCACUGUGUCAAUUGAGCCUCUGGCAGCAGGGCCCUAGGAGCUCAAAGAGCCAGAGGCCUGGGCAGGUAGGGGUCUGAGGGAGCUGAGUGCUGGAAGCUUUGGCUUUUGGGGUACAAGGGACGUGGUGACACCUCCAGCAUUGGGGAGGUAGCAGCUGGUCCCCUCCCUUUUUCCCUUGCUGUUUUCCUCUUGGAAUCUGAAAUGAUCAAGGCCUCCAAGCGCCUUGUGAAUGCCCCGGAGAGCCGUGCCAGGGUCAGAGAGCACUUUCCCCAAAGUUCCUCUUAUUUUGUCCCAGUCCACUGUCCCCCCACUUGGCAUCCUAGCUGGGAGAGAUGAUCCCCACUAUCCCAGUUGUGAAACCCAGAGGCCCCUCACCUUUGACCCCCAGUUCAGAAGCCAGAUGUCUGUUCCAAUUUCUUUAUUUUAAUGGAUCAGAGGAUAAACUGGGACCACAGAGGCAGCGGGGGCCAGGAGCUGGGCCGUGGCCUGGUGUCUUGUGGGGAGACAGACUUCACUGUGUCCACCUCCUUGGUGCACUCAGGAGAAAGGACAGCAAGCUGGUGUCUUGGGGGGGGGGUCUGCCCAACCAAGGGCCUUCAUGACCUGAGGCCCCAGAGGGCAGUAGGGCUUUGCCAGCUGGGCACCGAGAUGGCAGCUCCCUGAGAAGGACGAGGGCCAGAUGACAGGACGAUGGUGGCAGGGCAGCCCGCCCUGGCUCUGGCUUGCUCCUAGAGCCUGAUUCUGUGGGCUCCUUUGCUAGACUUGCUCCCACUCGUUCGGGGCACUGCUCCUGACCCAGCCCUGUCUUCUUCACUGUCCCUCAGCCUCUGCCACUACCCGCACCCGACCUCCUCAGGGUCUCUGCUGUCCCAUGUCAUGCAGCCCAGAGCCAAAGGCCCCUGGACACUGGUGUCCCCAAUCUCCUCCUGGGGCUCAGCCUGGCAGCCCCACAUUCCAGGUCAGCCACUGGUGUCUGGACUGAGCUCUGACCCUGCUCCUCCUGGGUCCCUGCCCUAGACCUGGAGGCUCUGCACCAAGCAUUUUCCUUCCCCUACCCCACCCUGAGGGCCACUACUGGCUUCUCCAGCCCUGCUGGCCACCCUGCACUGAACACAACACAGGACUCCACUGGAUUUUGGGGUGGUAACCUGGUCAACAGGCUGGGUGGGCAUGGCCUGAGGCACAAUGGGCCACCUGAAGCUCAGGGUUUGGGGGAGACACUGGGAGAGAAAACACAAAACAGAAGCCCACGUGUGCUGGCACCAGGGCCCAGAGGGGGCCUAGGCCUAGUGACAAGCAGCUCGGGGAACCCACAUUCUUCUUGGUUGGGCAAGGAGGCCAGGCGCAGAGGAAGGGCACAGGCGGCCUGGGCAGGGGGCCGAGAUCCACAAGGCAGGGCCCGGGCCAGGCUGCAGUGGGGCUGGAGCUGGGAGCUGACUGCAGUGUGGGGGACAAGGGCACUGUGCAGCCACAGUUGGCCAGGAGGUCCAAGCUGGGCCAGGAGCAGGGAGGACUGAGGCAAUAGCCAAGACGAUGGGACACGGUGGAGGAAGCUUGCCACACACAGGUGGGCAGAAGGUCUGGCCACGCGUGCAGAAUGUGGCAGGCCGGAGACCAGGCAACUGCUGUGGAAAUCCUCAGAAAGCCCCAAGGAGAAAUUCCAUUCCACCCAGUAAUUCCAUUACUUCCCUCCUGGACAUCAUCCUUAAAACGCGAAAGACAUCUGGUGACUGUCAUCCAUGUCUGCCCAUGUGUACUGCAGCUCAAUUCAUGACAGCUAACUCUUAGAAAGAGCCCCUGAGGCCAUCGGCAGAUGAAUGACAAAGUGCAUUUCCGCAGUGGGACAGUGGGGCACUCCUGUGAUGCAGGAAGGACAAGGCGCAUCAUCUGCAGGAAAGUGGAUGCUCUUGCCCGCAAGCUUAAGUGAAGUAAUCCAGACACACAAGCUUGCAUUUCCCUGGCUGCCUUUUGUAUGAGAUACCCAAUACACAAAUAAAUUA